AUGCUCGCCCUUGACUCUGUCGGCGCCGACCUUAUCCUCGGUCCGCAGAUCCAGGCCCCCGACCGCCUCCUCACCGCGCUACACGCGGAUGUUACGCGGUUCACUCUGCGGAAGUCUAGAUUCCAGCUCCCCGCUCCUAGUAGACCUCUCUCGAAUCCGAGAGAAUCGCAAGCUGAUACCGAUGCCCUUGUGCGCAAUGCUCUGCGAUCAAAGGAUGAGAAAGAGAAGCAGGGACCAGCAUUGAGAUCCGUAGCGGAAGUCUACCGUUCCCUUAAGGUGAAAGAGACGAGCAGUUCUGGACGCAAGGCCGAGGUUGUUAGCCAGAGAGUCCCGACGCAGCUCGAGUAG